AUGCCUACAAAACAUUUGCCGAUCCAACCCAACUUGGCGCCAAUGGGGAUGUCAGGUUCGAACAAUGUUACGAUCGCACCAAAUCUGAAUCCGGUGCCGAAGGAACGCAAAAAGAGCAGCUCGAGCGGGAUCGUGAUUCGUACAUCAAAGCACUGGGUACUACCACCACGUCCGAAACCAGGACGCAAACCUAGCGUAAGCACAACCACUACUCGUAGCAGCAGCAUCGCUACGAACAACGGGAGCAGCGUGAACACAAGCAAGGCCACGACACCCGGGGUGUCACUAGGACCAUCUUCGGCAUCAUCUCGAGCGUCCACUCCGCCUGCAAAACUUGAGCAUAAGAACGAAGAGGAAAGCAGCACUCGUAGCUCUACACGGAGAGCAACAUCCGAGAUACCGGCUGCAGUCGGCUCGUCAUCCAGAACUGCAAGCUCAAUUCCACUGGCGAGACCUCAUGCAGUUACCGUCUGUAAACUGUCUGGAACUUACGCGACCAGUAAACUGGCAUCUAGGGGGUCUGACCUUUCCCCUUCCGAUGAAUCCCCGGAUUCUGCCGAUGUAUGCGGCGGAAGAAAAGGCAAUCCAAACUCCAAAGCUAAGAAACCCCAGGCGAAGAAGCUAACGAAAACAGUACUUAAGAAGGAAAUCCAGCAGCUCAAGUUACAGAACUACAAACUGAAACAGGAACUAGGCCAACUAGUAGGAAAUUUACAGGAAUUGAAGCAAAGGUACUCUCUAGUGGAAGCAACAUUGCCACAGUCUUCACAAAAUAAGUCUGUACCUUCCGUCAGAAAGAGGUCUUUUGUUGAUGUUGGUGAAAGCUCUGAAGCUGAUAACACAGAUGCGUUUCUUAAGUUCGAGGACGACGAUGAAAAUGGGCCAAAUCCGAUUAUCGCCAAUGUGGGAAUGAAACAGACUCUUUCAUUUUCGUCACAAUAUAGCUCUCGCACUAAUUUAACUGACGAAGAGGACACUGGCUUUUCCUCUUCCACGCCUAGCUCCCUGUUCUCUGCCGAGCUACAGCGCUCGAUGACAAACAGCAGCGUCCCUAAUGCAAGCGCUACAGCACACCACGGUCAACAUCAGAGUAAUUAUGCGAUACUGGCGCACUCGCCUCAUAACCAUGUGAACAGUCCAGCAAGCACUGCUUCCUCAAGGCCACCAAGCUCAUCAGUUGAUGCUAUGGUGUUUCUCGACGACUACGAACAAAUGGAAUUUUACAGCAAGCACCGUCAACUUUUUGAUCCUGAAAAGUCGAAAACUAAUCUAGAACAGCAUGAUCAGCCCAGUUUGAGUCCUUCGACUGCUCUAGCAACUGCAGCCUCCGCGACGGCCCCCAGUCAAUCUACCGAGCUCCAUCUAGAUGUUAUAAAAGAAGAGGAUAUGGACUUUAAAUUUGACCAUGACUUCGAAGGAGACGAUCUCAGCGUUCUAAACUUUUUAGAAACUCACGUUUCUAACACCAAUCAGAGUGGUACAACAGCAGUAGCAAAUGAGUCUCCCUCGUGGUUAAUCGAAGGAGAUAUCGAAGCAACUUCAAACUUAUUUAAAGAAACUAAUCUGGAGCAUGACUUACAUAAAUCCGAGCUUUACAUGCCUCCCUCAUUGGAAGAGCUAAUGGACGAACAAGACAUAACUCCCACGGAAAAACUUUUAGGUAACGAGAUUAAAAAUGAAGAUCAAAGUGACUUGUUACAACUGGACGCGUUUGAGUUUGCGUAA